UAUCACCAAGUUGCCUCAGAAAGACAGAACCACCUCAGAAACAAAGAAUUUCCAAGAAACUACCAAAUCUACGAUUUUCAAGUCAUGGCGGGUCAAACCAUGGUCAGAAUCAGCUUUGAUAGGUCAGAAGAGACACUACGGUGGUCCUUUGUCCCCCAUCUCUCUGCCGCACUUGGCCGUAAAGGCAUCUUUGUGUCUACGAAUAUGCAUGAUGAGUCUGUUGCUUCUGUCUUGGUUUUUUCUAAAAACUACUUAUCCUCCAAGGAAUUGUUGGAUGAAGUUUUUAAGACUAACCAACGGAGACAUGACAAAGGCCAUGUGGUGACCACUGUCUUUUAUGGAGUUAGCAGAUCAAAUGUGCAAGAGCUGAAAGGUUUCGGCAAGACGCUCUUUGAGCAUGGGGCUUCAGAUCAAGUAACUCAAUGGCGCAACGCUCUUACAGAAAUAUCAAACUUACUUGGCUAUGAAGCAAGCAAUUGUCAAAGUGAGUACGAAGUUGUAGAAAAAAUUGCCAGAGAUGUUUAUGAGAAGAUAUUUCCAAAACAAAGAAUCGGGAUCUACUCUAGGAUGCUGGCAGAAGUAGAAAACUUCCUAUGCAAGCAACCCUGGGGAGUUAAAAGAAUAGGGAUUUGUGGUAUGCCAGGCGUAGGCAAGACAGUGCUUGCUGAAGCAAUCUUUGACCAAAUGUCUGGUGACUAUGAAGUCACUUGCUUCGUCCACAACUUUCAUGUAGCUUAUCAUGAAAGGGGACUUUACGGGUUGCUUCAGGAACAAAUCAAGAACCUUUCAAACAAAACACUUCAACAAAGAGUUCUUGUUGUUCUUGAUGAUGUGAGAAAUCAUCUAGAUGCAGAGUCUUUUCUCGCUGAGCUUGUCUUAUUUAGCCGUGGAAGCCUGAUCAUAGUUACCACCAGAGACGAGCAAGUGCUUUCUCAGUGUCGAGUCAAUCAGACAUACAAAGUUGAAGGGUUAAACAUGGAAGAGGCUCUGCGACUCUUCUCUUGGUGUGCAUCCGGAAGAGUUGUGACAGAGAUUAAUCUUCUUCCAGAGCAUUCUAAGAAGGUGAUUGAACAUGAAAAUGGAAACCCUUUAGCUCUACGGUUAUACGCGGAAGAGAUGUCAUCACACAAGGAGCUGAAUCAAAAGGAGAUUUUGUUCCUCAUGCAAACUCCUGCACAUCAGAUUAUGGAAGUAGUCAAGAGUAGCUACUAUGCACUUAAUGACAACGAAAAGAACAUACUUGUGUAUAUUGCAUAUUUCUUCAUAGGCGCAAAUGUUGAGUAUGUGUCGAAACUACUUCAAGAUCUUGGUUUCUUCCCAGAGAUUGGAAUCGACCGGCUGGUGGAGAACUCCCUGGUGAAUAUUUCAGAAAACAUACUAGAAAUGCAUAGCAUGAUCGAGGCAGUAGUCCGGGAAAUAGGGAGGUGUCAUAAACUCAAAACCAGCGAAGACCACAAAAUAAGUUUCAAAUGUGUACUGGGCACUGAAGAUAUCGAAGCGAUAUCUCUUGACGCGUCUAACUUAAACUCAGAUGUCAAACUUUCUUCACUUGCAUAUAUGUACAACCUUAGAUUCCUGAAGAUUUACUAUUCGGAUCCUGAAAACAAUCGCAAGGCUCUUGAGUCUUUGCCUGAUGGGCUUAGACUUCUCCAUUGGGAGUAUUACCCUUUGCAAACCUUACCACAAGAUUUUAAUACAAGUAAUCUGGUUGAGCUCAAUAUGCCUUACAGUCAACUCCAAAGACUUUGGGGAGGAACCAAAAACCUCAAGAUGCUGAAGAGGAUCAACCUUCGUCAUUCAGAGAAGUUGUAUGAAGCUGAGGAACUUUCCGGAGCUCUAAACCUUGAGCAAAUUGAUCUCAGCGGCUGUAAGAACUUGCAAAGUUUUCCAGCCAUUCAUCAAUUGCAAAAACUCCAAGUUGUUGAUCUCUCUGGUUGCACACAAAUCAAACGUUAUCCAGAGUUUCCAUCUAAUGUCACAUUAAAAUUCCAGGGAAUUACCAUUAAGAACUUCCUCUCUCCAGUUACAUUCACCAUCAAGAGCUUAUUGGAGCUCUUUGACAACACUUCUGAACCCCAUAUCUUUGACGUUUGGAGACUCAGAAGCUUCUGGUGUAGCCAAGAAAGGAUAACAAAUCCGGGAAUGGUGGAACCACCACCCACAUUAGCUAUGAUACUGCAGAAAGCACUAAAAACAACCCCAAGUUUUCAGUUUAAGUACCCAAAUUUAAGAAUAGAUUGAUAUAUAGGUACACAAAUCUGUCAUCUUGAAGGCAGCAUUUGGGGUCCAAGGAUGAGAGACCCUGAUUCAUGAUUCCUGAUUCUUGUGCUGUUCUGGUGUCAUUGUUCUGUUAUGUUGUUAAAAGACGUUUUUAUUUGAGUGUUGUUGUUUGCUUUUCGAAUUAUAUAUUGACUGGUUCUUGUGCGUAGUAUUUCUUAUACAGACUGAAAACUUUCAGGCCUUUGAGCCAGUAA